AUGCAUCCCCCUUCCUAUAUUCCUCCUCCCCCGCUGCCUUCCCUCCCCUUCCCCAUUUUCCUCUUCCCCCGCUGCCCCAUCCCCCUUACCUCCUCCCCUAGUGCAGCGACAUACUUCCCCCGCUCCCACGCGCGCAGUUUCCAGCAUGGCCUGGCUGCUUCCCCCGCGCUCGGCUCCCUGGCUCGCACCAUUCUCUCCCUGCCAUACGACUCUGACGCGCUCUCGCUUACUGCAGCAGCUAAUAAGGCGUACAUUGGGACUGUCACCAUGGUAGACCUGCUGCUGCACCUGGUGCGGGCGAGCGAGGAAGGGUUGUCGCUGCUGCUCACUGACUUGAACGCACCAAUCCACACCAUCAUGCGUCCCAUGGCGCAUGGAGUGCAGCGCCUGAUCGUUCCUAUUCACACCCACCCCCUCCCUCCUUUCUGUGUCUUCCCUUUCACUGUCUCCCCUCCUCCCCCUUUUCACCUCUCCCAGUAUCACCACCAUCAUGCCAUCAACACCAUCAUGCGACCCAUGGCGCAGGGAGUGCAGCGGCUGAUCGUCCCCAUCCACACCCGCCCCUCCUCCGUCCCCUCUGCCUCCUCUCCGCAAGACGACGCACCGGUAGCAGCACCACUCCCGUCUCACUCCCUUUCCUCCCACUCUCCGUCCACAAACAUCCACUGUGCGUCUCCACACUCUCCAUCCUUCCAACCCCCACACUCCUCCUCGUGUCUCACUCCCUCUCCCUCCUCUCCUCCCUCCUCCUCCCUGUCCCACACCUCUGCUCCUCCCUCUCAGUCAUCCCUCUCCUCUCUCCAUUCUCUCACUUCAAACUCUUCCUCCCUCUUCUCUCACCCCUCCUUCACCUCCCACUCCCUCACUCCCUCCACCACCACCACCACACUCGCCACCUCCCCUCACUCUCUCUCCUCCACCCCCUCUCAGCUCCCUCACAAACCCCUUGCUGCUGGCGUCGCCUCUCUCUCGUUAGAGCACCUGCAAGGGGUUCCGGAUGCGAUUCCUUAUAAGCAGCCUCAAUAUACGCAACAAGCAGGGAGCACUGUACAGCUUUCGGAGUGCAACACACACUACUCGUGCGCGUUUCCAAGUGAUGAUGAGGAGGAGACAGAGGAGGGGGAGAAGAAGGGCGAGGGGGAGGGGGAGAGGAAGAGUGAGAGCGAAGUGGAGAGGGAGGGGAAGAGGGAGGGGAAGAGAGAGGGGAAGAGGGAGGGGAAGAGGGAGGGGGAGAGGGAGGGGGAGAGGGAGGGGGAGAGGGAGGGGGAGAGGGAGGGGGAAGGGAGGAAAACCAGUGGCACGGGUUCUACCCUCACUCCUUCCACCUAUGCGACCACUCCAACUGAUUCCAACGUCUCUCUUGCCAUUCCUACCAUCCUUCCCACCACUCCCGCUAACGCCCUCUCGUCCAACCAUUCCAUUACCACCGCUUUCCACCGCGCCUCCCCCUCCCCCAGCGUCCGCUGCCCGGGGGGCAGCUGCACGCCCUCCCGAAAGUUUUUCUGCCCUCAUUUCUGCGUGCUGACUCAGACUGACGUGGCGAGGUGGCUGCUUGACAGAGCGCCUCAGUUGGAGCCUGUACCCUCUAAAAGCCUCCUCGAUUUAGGGCUCGUUCACUCCCGGAUUGUCACAGUAAAGUGCUCUGACAACGCGUAUGAGGCUCUGCAGCUCUUGCAGUCGUCUGCUGGUGAGUUAGUCAGCUUUCUGUGGGAUGUCAAUGCAUUGGCAGUGGUCGACCCAUUCGCUGACCGCACCACCCCCUCUUCCUCCAAGUCAACCCAGUCAACUCACGGCUCGUCAGCUGCCAAUCCUGCCAGUGCUGCCGCCUCUUUCCCUCCUGGCAAGCUGGUGGGGCAGCUGUCGAGUGUGGAUCUGCGCGGCUGCACUGCGCAGUUCGCCGCCCGGAAUCUGCGCGGCAUGACGGUGCAGGAUCUGCUGCUGGCAGUGCCGGCCACUGAGAGCAUGCAGAGCCACGUCGGCACCAUCGCGCAAUCAUCCCGAUCACCAGUGACGGCGACCAGCGCGAAAUUCGCCGUGUCCUUCGCAGGCUCCGAGCUCCACGGCGCUGCCUGCCGAACCCUCACGACCCAAUCCGUCUCCUGCAAUGCUUCGCAGAGGCAGGCCGUGCAGCCCAGGGCGUCAGGGACUUUCCUUAUGGUAUCACAACGUAUCCCCUCCAUCCCUUUUCCCCUUCCAGCGGACGAGCCCCUGCUGGUGCGCGCCGCGCGCGGGGAGGCCAUUCCGCGCCCGCCCGCCUGGAUGAUGCGCCAAGCGGGCCGCUACAUGGCUGCGUACCAGAAGCUCUCCAAGAACCAUCCCUCUUUCCGCGAACGUUCCGAGACGACGGAUCUAAUCGUCGAAAUUACCCUGCAGCCGUGGCGCGCGUUCAAGCCCGACGGCGUGAUCCUGUUCUCGGACAUUCUGACGCCGUUGGAUGCGAUGGGUAUUCCGUUCGAGAUCGACGAGAACAAGGGCCCCAUUAUAGACAGCCCCAUUAGGACGACGGAGGAUCUCAAGGCGUUAACGCCGGUUCAGCUGGACAAGCUGCACUUCGUUGAUGAGUCGCUGAGGCAGAUUCGGAAAGAGAUCGAGGGCACGGCCGCUCUCCUGGGCUUUGUGGGGGCGCCGUGGACGCUGGCGACGUACUGUGUGGAGGGCGGCACCACGCGUACGUACACCAAGAUCAAGGGCAUGAUCCACAGCGCGCCGGACGUGCUGCGCGCGAUCCUGCAGCACCUGGCCAAUGAGAUCGCAACAUAUGCCGCGUUCCAAGUGGACGCCGGCGCGCAGUGCAUCCAGGUCUUUGACUCGUGGGGCGGCCAGCUGCCGCCCGACCAGUGGGACGAAUGGGCCAAGCCGUACAUCAUCCAGGUCACCCAGUUGCAGUGCAUCCAGGUGUUUGACUUGUGGGGCGGCCAGCUGCCGCCCGACCAGUGGGACGGCCAGCUGCCGCCCGACCAGUGGGACGAGUGGGCCAAGCCGUACAUCAUCCAGGUCAUUUCCCAGCUGAAGCAGAACCCACAGUCCCAGUCGUGCUGUACGCCAAUGACAGCGGGGGUUAUCUCCCAGCUUAAGGCAAAGCACCCCAUGGUGCCUAUCUGCUCUAUGCCAAUGGCAGCGGGGGUUAUCUCCCAGCUGAAGGCGAAGCACCCCACGGUGCCAGUCGUGCUGUACGCCAAUGGCAGCGGGGGUCUCAUGGAGCGCAUGGCCACCACUGGGGCUGACGUCAUCGGUGUUGACUGGACCAUCGACAUGGCCGAUGCACGGGCGAGGAUCGAUGGCGCUCUGAGGGCGAGCCCUGGGGGGAGUGAGAAGCCGAGGCUGUCGGUGCAGGGCAACGUGGACCCUGCCGUGCUGUUUGCUUCCAAGGAUGCCGUUACUGACGCCAUCCACCGUGGGUGCUGUCGGUGCAUAGCCACCACUGGGGCUGACGUCAUCGAAGUGGACUGGACCAUCGACAUGGCUGAUGCACGGGCGAGGAUUAACGGCGCUCUGAGGGCGAGUUCCGGGGGGAGUGCGAAGCUGAGGCUGUCGGUGCAGGGGAACGUGGACCCUGCCGUGCUCUUCGCCUCCAAGGAUGCUGUCACUGAUGCCAUCAAUCGCUGUGUUGCCAAGGCGGGUCCGCGCGGCCACAUUCUCAACCUGGGCCACGGCGUAUCGGAAAGAAUUCACGAAAGUUGCAUCCAGGACAGCCAUUGGGUUCGUGGUCAUGGGAUUCAUCGGCUUCUUUGUGAAACUAAUUUUCAUCCCCAUCAACAACAUUAUCGUUGGAUCGUAAUCAAGAUCUUGGGUCGUCCAUGGAGGAUAGAUAGGUCACAGGUUGUAUCAAGCCUUCACGGAUAUCAUCACAUUGCAGUUGUGGUGAUUGGGUAG